AUGAGCGAUUCUCCUGCACCAAAUGAACCUUCAGAUGUUAAUAAGACAGAACUAUUUAAUUUGGAUAAUCUUAGUUAUCGAGAUGAAGGAAAUAAUACAAUCGUAGUAUCCAAUACAAAGACUAGUUUGAUAUUGCGCAUUCGGAAAACCAAUGUUGGACGAAAUGGAUAUUGGUCUAAAGCUCACACCAAACGAUCUGAGAUAUUUGCGAAUCAGCGUAUACUUCUUCAGUUCGGUUCGCAAUUUCUUCGCAGCAUACAUCUCAUCAAAACAAGUCCCACGUUUCUUCGUGAACUAGAAAAAUCAAUCGAACCUUUUAGACCCGCCUACCGUAAAGUCAAAGGAGUGGACCUUUCUGAAAAUUUCGUUUUUGUCACAUCAGAUGCUACACAGAUGCCAUCACAUCUUGUAAAAUAUGCAUUCGGUCCAACUUUAAGCGUAGAAAUCAAGCCAAAGUUUGGUGCUAUCCCAAUAUGGCCUGCUACUGGAGUCGUCAAUCUAGUUAAAAACUCGGCUUCACUGUUCUGUUUAAGGCAAGAACAUUCUAGUAAACGAUCACGUUGGAAAGAUCUGUCAACAUAUUGUCCUUGUGACCUAUUUUCUGGUGAUCAUGACCGGCUGGUACAUGGUUUAAAUGCUCUUCUGACUACGCCCCAAAAUAAUUUUCGAGUUUACUUGGAUAGUCAUCCUAUUUAUUCUCACGACGUAGAUAAACUAGAUUAUGGCUUGAAUAAAUUUUUUCACUUGGAAAAUAAUUCAAUUUCUUCAAGUAAACAACAAAGUGAACUUCCUAAUGGUUUUGAUCAUGGGAAUGUUUGUAGUUGUUCCGAACAAUGUCAAUUCGUCAAUGAUAGGGAUCGAUUGAUACGUGGUACUCUACUGAAAGCAUUAUUGCACAAGUUUGACUGUACAAAUGAUGAUACAAAGGCGCUCAUUCCAUUCAACUCAACUGAUCGCCAACCUUUUUCAAUGCAUUGUGCAUUACAUGCGGAUCAAAAAUUUCAUUCAACUUCAUGUGAUAGUUGUCAUAGCAUACAAAGAAAUUGUACACUACCAGAUGGUUGUGUUUUGCAACGUAUACUUUCUGUUCAAUUAUUGAUCACGACAGAUAUUGCUUUUAUUUUUCCGCAUUAUAAACGUGUACGUACUUUUUUAACAUCACAUGGAUGGACAUGGGAGAUGUGGCUUAAACUAGCACAGAAAGGUGAAGUGUCAAAAUAUUUGGACACACAAGAAAUCGCUGAAAGUUUUGACAUAGUUGAAAAAUAUUUGAUCGCCUUGAUUGCUCGGGAUUGCUCAGUUAUGAUAACUGUGCAACGUGCAAAACCUGACUGUCCACUACCAUCGUCUGUUAUUUCGGGCACAUGUUGUUGUAUUCCCAGAAUGUUAAUUAGUUGUGCCAUUAUAGAUCUAGAUCCGAAACCCUUGGAUAAACUACGUGAUCGACUAGAUUUGGAGACAGCAGUUGCAAUGGAAGCGAUCAAUCGACAGUUUAAAUUGCUUUUACCGAAAAGUCUUUCAUAA